UGACCUGGUAAUUGUAUGGAAGGACAUUGAUUUAUUUAUUUUUUUUUAGAUUAAUAUUGCUACAUGUUUUUUAUCAGGUGAGAAGCCAUUUCGUUGUGAUGAAUGUGGUAUGAGGUUUAUUCAGAAAUAUCACAUGGAAAGGCACAAAAGAACUCACAGUGGAGAGAAGCCUUACCAGUGUGAAUAUUGUUUGCAGUUUUUCUCCAGGACUGAUCGGGUGCUGAAACAUAAACGUAUGUGCCAUGAGAACCGCGACAAGAAACCGAAUAGAAGCGUCACCAAAGUUGGCUUUUUGCCAUCGGAGGAAGAUUCUGGUUUCUCGAUGCCUAUGAAAGACAGCUCCUUGCCAAAGAAAAAAAGGCAGAAAUCAGAGAAAAUGAAGUCUGGCGAUAAGGAUAGCACAGAUAAAUCAGACCAGAAGAAGGACAAAAACGACUAUUUGCCUUUGUACUCUUCUAGCACUAAAGUAAAAGAUGAGUAUAUGGUAGCGGAAUAUGCCGUUGAGAUGCCACAUUCUUCGGUCAGUGGGACGCACUUAGAAGAAGCAAAUUCUGGAGAGAUACACCCACCCAAGCUCGUUCUCAAAAAAGUUAACAGCAAGAGGAGUCUGAAACAGCCACUUGAGCAAAGUCAAACCAUUUCACCUUUAUCCACGUAUGAGGACAACAAGGUUUCCAAGUAUGCCUUUGAUCUUGUGGAUAAGCAGAGUUUACUGGACUCUGAAGGUAAUGCUGACAUUGAUCAAGUUGACACGUUACAGGAAGGGCCCAGUAAACCUGUACACAGCAGCACUAAUUACGAUGAUGCAAUGCAAUUUUUAAAGAAAAAGAGGUAUCUACAAGCAGCUAGUAAUAGCAGUAGAGAAUAUGCCUUGAAUGUAAGUACCAUAGCAUCUCAACCUUCAGUAACGCAGGCAGCUGUGGCCAGCGUCAUUGAUGAAACUGCUACAGCCUCAAUAUUGGACACACAGGCACUGAAUGUUGAAAUGAAAGGUAACCAUGACAAAAAUGUCAUUCCAGAUGAGGUACUGCAAACUCUGUUAGAUCAUUAUUCGCACAAGGCUAAUGGACAGCAUGAGAUAUCUUUCAGUGUGGCUGACACUGAGGUGACCUCCAGUAUAUCAAUCAAUUCUUCUGAAGUAUCUGAGGUCACCCAAUCUGAGACAGUUGGCACAAGCUCUCAAGCUUCCUCAUCAGAUAAAGCUAGUAUGUUACAAGAAUAUUCAAAGUUUUUACAACAAGCUUUGGACAGAACUAGCCAAAAUGAUGCCUAUUUGAACAACCCGAGCCUUAAUUUUGUGACUGAUAACCAGACUCUUACAACCCAGCCAGCAUUUCCUUCCAUGGAGAAGGUCUACACGUCUAUACCCGUCAAUAGCUUUCGAUCGGGAAUGAGCUCUCCAUUAAGAACAACUCCAGACAAGUCUCAUUUUGGACUAAUGGUUACUGAUUCGCAGCACCCUUUUCCCUUUUCAGGUGACGAGGCAAAUCAUUCUUCUUCCUCCUCUACACAGGACUUCUUAGAUCAAGUAACUUCUCAGAAGAAAGCAGAGGCGCAGCCUGUUCAUCAAGCAUAUCAAAUUAGCUCCUUUGAGCAGCCCUUUAGAGCUCAGUUCCAUGGGGCAAGAGCUGGAAUGUCAUCUCAGUUUAGCACUGCCAAUGGACAGGUGAACCUCCGGGGACCAGGGACAAGUGCUGAUUUCCCAGAAUUUCCCUUGGUGAAUGUAAACGAUAGCAGGGCGGGGAUGACUUCUUCACCUGAUGCCACAACGGGCCAGACUUUUGGCUAAGAAAUCUUUGUACAUAAUACUGGCACUUUAGAACACAUUUGUCAAAAGAGGGUUGCUCUGUAUAAGAUGGAGUUCUGUACAGCUUUUAAGAGCGCUAUGUUAAAACAAAAGUAAGCUGAUAUUAGCAAGACCAAUAACUGCUUCU